GGGCCGCGCUCACGCAGUUGGCGCAGGCGGCCUUACGCUAGAGGCGCAGUGCCCGCCCGUCCGCCCGCCCCCUGCACUCUCCCCGCCCCCUCCCUCCCUCACAGGGGCCGAGCGAAUGUAGCCCGCGAGAGAAAAUGGCGGCGGCGGCGGGGAAUCGCGCCUCGUCCUCGGGAUUCCCGGGCGCCGGGGCGGCAAGCCCCGAAGCGGGCGGCGGCGGAGGGGCCCUCAAGGCGAGCAGCACGCCCGCGGCAGCCGCGGGGCUGCUGCGGGAGGCGGGCAGUGGGGGCCGCGAGCGGGCGGACUGGCGGCGGCGGCAGCUGCGCAAAGUGCGGAGUGUGGAGCUGGACCAGCUGCCCGAGCCGCCGCUUUUCCUCACCGCCUCGCCGCCGUCCUCCUCCACUUCCCCGUCGCCGGAGCCCGCGGACGCGGCCGCUGGCGGGAGCGGUUUCCAGCCUGUGGCGGUGCCGCCGCCCCACGGAGCCGCGAGCCGCAGCGGCGCCCACCCUGCAGAACCGGCGGCCGCACUGGACAGCGGCGCCCCGAGCCCCGCGGGGGCCGAGCCCGGGGAGAAGCGGACGCCCGCCUCCGAGCCGCCUCUUGCGGCGGCCCCAGCCGGGCGUGAGAUGGAGAAUAAAGAAACUCUCAAGGGGUUGCACAAGAUGGACGAUCGCCCAGAAGAACGAAUGAUUAGGGAGAAACUGAAGGCAACCUGUAUGCCAGCCUGGAAGCACGAAUGGCUGGAAAGGAGAAACAGGAGAGGCCCUGUGGUGGUAAAACCAGUCCCUAUUAAAGGAGACGGAUCUGAAAUUAAUACCUUGGCAGCUGAGUCUCAAGGAGAGGGCCAGGCAAGCGCUGCUUCCUCAGCUCCCAAAGGCCGACGCAGUCCUUCCCCUGGCAGCUCCCCAUCAGGUCGCACAGUGAAAUCUGAAUCUCCAGGAGUAAGGAGAAAAAAAGUUUCCCCGGUGCCUUUUCAGAGCGGGAGAAUCACACCACCUCGAAGAGCCCCUUCACCAGAUGGCUUCUCACCAUACAGCCCUGAGGAAACAAACCGCCGUGUAAACAAAGUGAUGCGGGCCAGGCUGUACUUACUGCAGCAAAUAGGGCCCAACUCCUUCCUGAUUGGAGGAGACAGCCCAGACAAUAAAUACCGGGUGUUUAUUGGGCCUCAGAACUGCAGCUGUGGGCGUGGAACAUUUUGUAUUCAUCUACUAUUUGUUAUGCUCCGAGUGUUUCAGCUAGAACCUUCAGACCCAAUGUUAUGGAGAAAAACUUUAAAGAAUUUUGAGGUUGAGAGUUUGUUCCAGAAAUAUCACAGUAGGCGUAGCUCAAGGAUCAAAGCUCCAUCUCGUAACACCAUCCAGAAGUUUGUUUCACGCAUGUCAAAUUCUCAUACAUUGUCAUCAUCUAGCACGUCUACAUCUAGUUCAGAAAACAGUAUAAAAGAUGAAGAGGAACAGAUGUGUCCUAUUUGCUUGUUGGGCAUGCUUGAUGAAGAAAGUCUUACAGUGUGUGAAGAUGGCUGCAGGAACAAGCUGCACCACCAUUGCAUGUCAAUUUGGGCGGAAGAAUGUAGAAGAAAUAGAGAACCUUUAAUAUGUCCCCUUUGUAGGUCUAAGUGGAGAUCCCAUGAUUUCUACAGCCACGAGUUGUCAAGCCCUGUGGAUUCCCCUUCUUCCCUGCGAGCUGCACAGCAGCAAACCACACAGCAGCAUCCCUUGGCUGGAUCACAACGAAGGAAUCAAGAGAGCAAUUUUAAUCUUACUCAUUACGGAACUCAGCAGAUCCCUCCUGCUUAUAAAGAUUUAGCUGAGCCAUGGAUUCAGGUAUUUGGAAUGGAACUCGUUGGCUGCUUAUUUUCUAGAAACUGGAAUGUAAGAGAGAUGGCUCUCAGACGUCUUUCCCACGAUGUUAGCGGGGCUCUGCUGUUGGCAAAUGGGGAGAGCACUGGAAAUUCCGGGAGCAACGGCGGGAGCAGCCCGAGUGCUGGAGCUGCCAGUGGGUCUUCCCAGACCAGUGUCUCAGGAGAUGUGGUGGAGGCAUGCUGCAACGUUUUGUCAAUGGUCUGUGCUGACCCUGUCUACAAAGUGUACGUUGCUGCUUUAAAAACGUUGAGAGCCAUGCUAGUAUAUACUCCUUGCCAUAGUUUGGCAGAAAGAAUCAAACUGCAGAGACUUCUCCGGCCAGUUGUAGACACCAUCCUAGUCAAGUGUGCAGAUGUCAAUAGUCGCACAAGUCAGCUGUCUAUAUCAACGCUAUUGGAAUUGUGCAAAGGCCAAGCAGGAGAGUUGGCCGUUGGCAGAGAAAUACUUAAAGCUGGAUCCAUUGGUAUUGGUGGUGUUGAUUAUGUCUUAAAUUGUAUUCUUGGAAACCAAACUGAAUCAAACAACUGGCAAGAACUCCUGGGCCGCCUUUGUCUCAUAGAUAGACUGCUGUUGGAAUUUCCUGCUGAAUUUUACCCUCAUACUGUCAGUACUGAUGUUUCACAAGCUGAGCCUGUUGAAGUCAGGUAUAAGAAGCUGCUGUCCCUCUUAACCUUUGCUUUGCAGUCCAUUGAUAAUUCCCACUCAAUGGUUGGUAAACUCUCCCGAAGGAUAUAUUUGAGUUCUGCAAGAAUGGUUACUGCAGUACCCCAUGUAUUUUCAAAACUGUUAGAAAUGCUGAAUGUUUCCAGUUCUACUCAUUUUACCAGGAUGCGUCGUCGUUUGAUGGCUAUUGCAGAUGAGGUGGAAAUUGCUGAGGCCAUCCAGCUGGGCAUAGAAGACACUUUGGAUGGUCGACAUGACAGCUUUUUGAAGGCAUCAGUCCCUAACAGCUGUCCAGAAGCCACAGAGAACAGUUCCUUUGAGCGCACAGACCAUUUAGAGAAAACUGGAAAAGGACUGUGUGCUACAAAAUUGAGUGCCAGUUCAGAGGACAUUUCUGACCGACUGGCCAGCAUUUCAGUAGGACUUCCUAGUUCAACAACAAUGGAGCAGCCAAAGCCAAUGGUUCAAACAAAAGGCAGACCCCACAGUCAGUGUUUGAACUCCUCUCCUUUAUCUCAUCAUUCCCAACUAAUGUUCCCAGCCUUGUCAAGCCCUUCUUCAUCUGCCCCAUCUGUACCACCUGGCACCGUAACAGAUGUCUCUAAGCAUAGACCUCAGGGGUUUGUUCCCUGCAAAAUACCUUCUGCAUCUCCUCAAACACAGCGCAAGUUUUCUCUACAGUUCCAGAGAAACUGUUCUGAAAACAAAGACUCAGAUAAACUUUCCCCAAUCUUUACUCAGUCAAGACCCCUGCCCUCCAGUAAUAUACACAGGCCAAAGCCAUCUCGACCUACCCCAAGUAAUACAAGUAAACAGGGAGAUGCCUCAAAAAAUAGCAUGACACUUGAUUUGAACGGUAGUUCCAAAUGUGAUGAUGGCUUUGGCAGCAGCAGCAAUAGCAGUAAUGCUGUUAUACCUAGUGACGAGACAGUGUUCACCCCAGUAGAGGAGAAAUGCAGAUUAGAUGUCAAUACAGAGCUCAACUCCAGUAUUGAGGACCUUCUUGAAGUGUCUAUGCCUUCAAGUGACACAACAGUAACUUUUAAGUCAGAAGUUGCUGUGCUCUCUCCUGAAAAGGAUGAAAAUGAUGAUACCUACAAAGAUGAUAUGAAUCAUAAUCAAAAGUGCAAAGAAAAAAUGGAAGCUGAAGAAGAAGAAGCUUUAGCGAUUGCCAUGGCAAUGUCAGCAUCUCAGGAUGCCCUCCCCAUAGUUCCUCAACUACAGAUUGAAAAUGGAGAAGACAUCAUCAUUAUUCAACAAGAUACACCAGAGACUCUACCAGGACAUACCAAAGCAAAACAACCUUAUAGAGAAGACACUGAAUGGCUGAAAGGUCAGCAGAUAGGCCUUGGAGCAUUUUCUUCUUGUUAUCAGGCUCAAGAUGUGGGAACUGGAACUUUAAUGGCUGUUAAACAGGUGACGUAUGUCAGAAAUACAUCUUCUGAGCAAGAAGAAGUAGUAGAAGCAUUAAGGGAGGAGAUAAGAAUGAUGAGCCAUCUGAAUCAUCCAAACAUCAUUAGGAUGUUGGGAGCCACAUGUGAGAAGAGCAAUUAUAAUCUCUUCAUUGAAUGGAUGGCAGGGGGAUCUGUGGCUCAUUUGCUCAGUAAAUAUGGAGCCUUCAAGGAAUCAGUAGUUAUUAACUAUACUGAACAAUUACUUCGUGGCCUUUCAUAUCUCCAUGAAAACCAGAUCAUUCACAGAGAUGUCAAAGGUGCCAAUUUGCUAAUUGACAGCACAGGUCAGAGACUGAGAAUUGCUGAUUUUGGAGCUGCAGCCAGGUUGGCAUCAAAAGGAACUGGUGCAGGAGAGUUUCAGGGACAGUUAUUGGGGACAAUUGCAUUUAUGGCACCUGAGGUCCUAAGAGGUCAGCAGUAUGGUAGGAGCUGUGAUGUAUGGAGUGUUGGCUGUGCUAUUAUAGAAAUGGCUUGUGCUAAACCACCUUGGAAUGCAGAAAAACACUCCAAUCAUCUUGCUUUGAUAUUUAAGAUUGCCAGUGCAACUACUGCUCCAUCAAUCCCUUCACAUUUGUCUCCUGGUUUACGAGAUGUGGCUCUUCGCUGUUUAGAACUUCAACCUCAGGACAGACCUCCAUCAAGAGAGCUACUGAAGCAUCCAGUCUUCCGUACUACAUGGUAGCCAAUUAUACAAAUAAACUGUAAUGGAGACAGGAUGCUCAACAAGAGAAAAAACUUUUGUGGGGAACCACAUUGAUAAUCUGCUGGCCUUCAUGCCACUGAACAGCUAUGAACAAGAUCAGUGGGGAACCCUUACCUAAGUAUGUGAUUGACAAAUCAUGAUUUGUACCUAAGCUUAGUAUGCAAAAGUCCACAAUUUGUGCAGAAACUGUAAACUGUGCCUUUCAAAGAACUGGCCUUAGGUAAACAGGAAAGCAAUGAAGUUUGCAUGAUUAAUUAACAGAAGCAUAAUUUUUUGGAGCACUUUUUCAGCAAUAUUAGCAGCUGAGGGGCUCAGGAUCUGUUUUAAUGUUUCAGUUAUUCUUCCAUUUCAUAUUGUGAUCACAAGCAGGGGGUUCUGCAGUUCCUUUUUUUUUUUUUUUGGUCACUGGCUAUAAAAAUCAGUAUCUGCCUCUUUUAGGUCAGAAUAUGCUAUAAGUAGCAGUAAAUAAAUAUAUUUUUAAAAGUUGAUAACUUCUUUAUGACCCACAAUUGACCUUUAUCUUUUUAAAUGCCUGGGCAAUUGUGGUUCAUUGUGCAUUUUACUGUUGGCCCAUUCAUUUCGUUUUUGGAAAUUAUGGUUCUAUAUUUUCAUUUCACCUUCAUUUAUGUUUAAUAUUCAGGGAAAGGUGAUC